AUGAAGGAGUACACGCUUCCGAAAAUGGCUGCAGAGGAGGCGAGUCCAGCGUCGAUGCCUCAUCGGGUUCUCGCUCUGUACAAGUUUACCCCGCUGCCAGAGGACAACCUGAAGGAAUUGCAACAAGAACUGGAGAACGAACUGAGAAAAUUUGGAGCACGGGGGACCUUGCUGGUGGCAACCGAGGGAAUCAAUGGAACAAUCUGUUAUCCUUAUCCACCAUCCGCUGAUAACGACCCAGUGUAUGAAUAUAUUCAAGGGAAAUUCGGCAACACGCUGCGUACGAGGAUAUCAAGUUACAACAAGCCCGUCUUUGCUAGGCUGAAAAUCAAGCUGAAAUCAGAAAUUGUCACCAUGCAUCAAGACGAUAUUCAUCCAACGGAAUGUGUUGGAACUUAUGUUGGGCCUGAAAAAUGGAAUGAGCUCUUGAAAGAUCCAGAAUGCACUGUGAUUGAUACUCGAAACGAAUAUGAAAUUGAUGUGGGAACCUUUCAAAAUGCUAUCAAUCCACACACCCAGAGCUUUGUAGAAUUUCCAGACUGGAUGAAGAAAAAUAUCAGUGGAGACAAGGCUCCCAAGAAGAUAGCCAUGUUUUGUACCGGUGGCAUUCGAUGCGAGAAAGCUACAAAUUCAGCUUUGAAGAUGGUACCCAAAGAUGUUCCUGUGUAUCAUUUGGAAGGAGGGAUAUUGAAUUAUUUGGAUACUGUAAAGCCGGAAGAUUCAUUGUAUAAUGGAGAAUGCUAUGUAUUUGAUCAAAGGGUAGCCGUUUCGUAUGGUCUGAAACCAAGCGAGAAAUAUUUUACCAGUUGCCACGCUUGCCGACAUCCACUCUGCGCUGAAGAUUUGGAACACAAGGGCUACGUCGAGGGCCUGUCAUGCCAAUGGUGUGCGGAUAAGAUCACCGAGAAGCAGAGGGAGCGUUUUGCCCAACGACAGAAACAGAUCGAACUUGCAAAGAAAAGCGGAACAGUUCACAUUCACGAUCCCAAGGAGUUGAAAGCUCAAAAGUCAAUUCAAACGUGA